UAUUUAAUCUUCCGUAGAUCAUAUGUACACGACUCUCGUAAUUUUACCUUGCCAUUCUAUAUGGAAGGGAGGAAAUAGCUUAGGUGAAUCACGAGAUGAGUGGCACCUUGUAAAUUUCCAAAUAGAAGGAUACGAUCAUUUAGCAUUCAAAGAUCAUAUUAUACAAAGUAUCGAAUACAUUAAAUCAGAUCCCCAUAGUUUUCUAAUACUUUCUGGAGGCCAAACUAAGGCCGAGAGUGGUCCUAUCUCCGAAUCAUUAUCAUAUUAUCAGUUAGCUACACAAUUAGUGGAAGAUGAACAUAAACUGUCAAUACUAUCACGUAUAUCUACUGAAGAAUAUGCCCGAGAUUCAUUUGAGAAUGUCAUCUUUUCAAUAUGCCGCUUUUAUGAAUUAUUCAAUAAGUAUCCUGACAAAAUUACCAUAAUAGGAUUUGAAUUUAAACGGGAUAGAUUCUUGAAAUAUCAUUUGUAUGAAGCAUUGAAUUUCCCCUUACAUAGAGUAAAAUACAUUGGUAAUUCACCGACUCCUAAGGACUUAUCGGACAUAGAAAAACAGAUAUAUUUUAAGGACUUAGAUGAUAGUGAGUAUAAAUUUGCUGUUAAGUUCUUUCAAGAAGAUUGGUAUGGUAUUAGAAAACCUCUAGCUUCAAAGAAGGCUUCAAGAAAUCCAUUCAAGCGUUGGCAUGGUUAUGCUCACAGUAAUCCAUCCUUAAGUAAAUUCUUACUACUUCUACAACAAGAGGUUGAAUUAGAUAAUGAAGAUAUUAGAAAGUUAUUAAUAGACGCUCCUUGGAUAAGUACCACUUUAUAGAUUACUUAUACUUAUACUUGGAUAUAGUAUAUAUAAUAAAUUAACUUAUAUUUUGUGUUAUAAUUACAAGAAAUUAAUAAUUUA